UCCAGCAUUGAGCAACAUCUGACUGGAAGAGCUGAAGCGUCAUGCGGGUCAAAGGACAGACUGAGCUCACUAUAAAUAUCAGAGCAGAGCAGAAGAAAAGUAGAUCCACAAGAAGAAAAAGAUCAUCAUCAUCAUCAUCAUCCUCAUCCUCCACAACUGAAGAUGAAGCUGUCAAACGUGUUUCUGGCUGCUGUCGUCAUCCUGACCUGUGUUUGUGUCUUCCAGAUCACAGCCGUUCCCUUCAUACAGCAGGUGCAGGAGGAGCAUCAUGUGGAGAGUGAGGAACUGCAGGAGAACCAACAUCUGACUGAAUCUGAGCACAGACUAACAGACCCUCUGGUUUUGUUCAGGACCAAGCGCCAAAGUCAUCUUUCCCUGUGCAGAUUCUGCUGCAACUGCUGUCGUAACAAAGGCUGCGGAUACUGCUGCAAAUUCUGAGAAUUUCUUUAAAAAGACUUAACUUAUUUUACCCUUUUUAUCUUGAGAAAUCCCUGCUGAAAUGAUUUCCAUGCUGUUUAAAAAAGAAAACGGGUAUAAAUGCAGGCUGCGUCUCCAUGCUUUUCUGCUUUAUAAAAGUUGCAGCUAAUCAAAUUUACCAAAAAUAUUUAAGUGAAUGCUUUUAUAA